AUGAUAAUUGAUACAACAGAAGUACAAGCUAUUAAUUCUUUUUCUAUAUUGGAAUCCUUAAAAGAGGUCUAUGCGAUCAUAUGGAUGCUUAUUCCUAUUUUUACUCUUGUAUUAGGAAUCACAAUAGGUGUACUAGUAAUUGUUUGGUUAGAAAGAGAAAUAUCUGCGGGUAUACAACAACGUAUUGGUCCUGAAUACGCAGGACCUUUGGGAAUUCUCCAAGCUCUAGCAGAUGGUACCAAAUUACUUUUCAAAGAGAAUCUUCUUCCAUCUAGAGGAGAUACUCGUUUAUUCAGUAUUCGACCAUCUAUAGCAGUUAUACCCAUUUUAUUAAGUUAUUUAGUAAUUCCUUUUAGUUAUCACCUUGUUCUAGCCGAUCUCAGUAUCGGUGGUCUACGAGCUGCUGCUCAAUCAGUUAGUUACGAAAUACCAUUAACUCUAUGCUUUCUAGUUUUUCUAAUUUCUUCCCUAGCCGAGUGUGAACGAUUACCCUUUGAUUUACCAGAAGCAGAAGAAGAAUUAGUAGCAGUUCUUUACUUGGGGGGUUGGAAUCUUUCUAUUUCGUACAUAUUUGUUCCCGAGGUUUUUGAAAUUACUAAAAGGCGUAGAGUCUUUGGAACAAUAAAUGAUUUGCUCGUUGUUGAUUGGAAAUUGGAAACUGAUAUUAGAAAGAAACGAUUGCUUAAUUACAAUAUUGAUUUCAGAAUAUGUAUAUUUUGUGGUAAUUGUGUUGAGUAUUGUCCAACAAAUUGUUUAUCAAUGACUGAAAAAUAUGAUUUUUCUACCUAUGAUCGUCACAAAUUGAAUUAUAAUCAAAUUGCUUUGGGUCGUUUACCAAUGUCAGUAAUUGAUGAUUACACAAUUCGAACAAUUUUCAAUUUGCCUGAAAUAAAAACUUAA